AUGUACACGCCAGAAGUCAGCCGAAAGAUUAAACCUAGCUAUUGUCGACAACUGCUCGGCCAACAUGCCGCCAAUGAUGCCGACAGUGAACCGAUAGUGCCAAAUACAUAUACUAAUAUGAAGACUUGUGGAUCGUCGGGGUUGUGUACAAACAACAGUAUGAGCUACAGUAUAAACUAUGGAUUAGUAAAAGUCGCCACCGUUGUCAAAUGCUGCACUACUGACCUCUGCAACACUGACUCACCAGCAGACCAGUCAGCCAAUGGGAAAACGUGUUACACCUGUGAAUCCAAUGACUGCUUGAAAACAUUGAACUGUGAGGGGAGUGAAGAUCGCUGCAUCACUGCUACAGUUGAACAAGGUGGCAACAAAGUUUCCGUGAAAGGAUGUGCAAGCAAAAACAUAUGCGAUGCGGUCUCAGGAAUCUCUCAGCAGGGGAUUGCUAUAUCUAAGCUGACCUGUUGUGAGGGGAACAUGUGUAAUGGAGCUGAGACGUUUACUCUGAGUUUCCUGAUCCUGCUGGUUCCUCUGCUCUCCUCCAUCCUCCUCCACUGAGCUCUCCACUGAUUAAACAGUUUCAUUAAAGUUUAAUCUACUGUAAGAAUUUAUUUUGAGUAAAAUU